GUAAUUAGAGUGGGAAUAUCAAAGUUGGUUUUGGGUUCUCCAUCUGCAUAGAUAUCUCGCUUUUGUUUUUAUAGAAAAAUCACAAGAGGAAGCAGUGUAUGGAAGGGAAAGAAAAUGGGUUGGUGCGUAUGUUGUAGUAGUGGGUGUGCGAUGAUUCCUAAAGCAAUUGGGAGAAAGAGUUUGUUGUUCUCACCAAAUCGUAAUGCAAUUGGAAGUAGAAAUUGUGGCCAACGACUACGCGUUCGGGUUUCUAUGUUGGACUCUUCCGCUGAUUUCGCUAAGCGCAUAGAACGAGCCUGGUUAAUUUCUCAGCAACCAAGGCCAAUUGUGUGUUCAUCCUGCAAGUCAAAGGGGCAUAUAGAAUGCAAAUGGUGUGGGGGUACUGGUUUUUUUAUUCUUGGUGAUAACAUGCUUUGUGAAGUCCCGUCCAGAAACACUAGCUGUGUUAUUUGCGCUGGAAAGGGAUCAAUGUGCUGCUCUGAUUGUCGCGGAACAGGCUUUCGUGCAAAGUGGUUGGGAGAACCUCCUACUUCCUAGUAGCCAAUCUACUACUCAAAUGAUGGAGCCAUGGCUUCUAAGUGUGAAUUGUAGUUAUAUUAUACCUAGUUUCACGUGUGUCUGGCAGAUGCACCGGCCUCUUCAACUCGCAGAUUGCUUAUUCAUUGAACAAUAUUGUCCAGACUCAUUUUUUAACAAACACUGACAUAUAACUAGAAGCAAUCAGUUCUUAUUCUUUUUGUUAUUUAGUUGUAUAAGUGUCAUUGUUUUACAAAAUGAAAUAUGGAGCAAUUUUGAAACCCUGAUACAGGUGAUUCUAUUUCAACAUGUAAACGUUUAAUUUUGUAGAGGUUAAUUUAGCAACAAAAAUCAUUUGGUUCACCUACAAAUAUUUAUUUUGUCUUUC